AUGUCUGGUCCUCAAUGUAGCUCCAACUCACCACCAACCCUGAACCCAAAUGCUGGAGCUGGACAUAUUGAACAGCUUGGUGGUCUCAGCACCUACGUCUCUGGCUUCCCAAACUCCAGGCUCGCCAAUCUUCUCGUCUCUGCCAUUUUUGGAUAUGAGGUUCCAAACUUGAGGAAGCUUGCAGACAAGGUUGCAGCUGCUGGAUUUUAUGUCGUAGUUCCUGACUUCUUCCAUGGAGAUCGCUUUGUGCCAGGUGAUGCUAAUAGGCCCAGAGAAGUUUGGUUGAAGGAUCAUGGACCGGACAAGGGAUUUGAAGAGGCAAAGCCAGUAGUUGAAGCUGUAAAAAGUAAAGGUUUUUCUGCAGUUGGGGCUGCAGGCUUCUGCUGGGGUGCCAAGGUUGUGGUUGAACUUGCAAAAGCUGAGCUUAUCCAAGCUGCUGUGCUAUUACAUCCUUCAUUUGUCACUGUAGAUGAUAUCAAUGGGGUUAAGGUUCCAAUUGCAAUACUAGGAGCUGAACUUGACCAAAUUACUCCACCCGAACUCUCGAAACAGUUUGAAGAGGUUUUAGAUGCUAAAUCUGAGGUGGAUGGCUAUGUUAAGAUAUUUCCUAAAGUUGCACGUGGGUGGACACUCAUGUUUAGUGUUGAAGAUGUGGCAGCUGUAAAUUCUGCUGAGAAGGCUUAUCAGAACCUAUUAGAAUGGUUUGCUAAGCAUGUGAAGUGAAAUUGUCAAAUUAGAUUUUUUUUUUUUUUGUUAUGUCUUGCCUUCAUAAUAUUGUAUGAGUGACAUACAGUGUGGACCCAGUCAAAUGCUAGGUUUUCCGAAGGGUCAGAGUACCUGGACUUUAAUCUGUAGCAUGUAAGAAUUUGGAUGAGUUACGUUUGUGAAU